GUCAGUUUAACCGUCGCUCACCUCUUCUUCUUUCUUCUUCUUCUUCUCUUGUUCCAGUUUCAAAAAUUACAUCACACACCCCCAAAUGGCAAUGGCUACGCAUUUCAGCUUCCCUGUAAACUACGUUCUAUCGGAAGCCUCUCGAGGAAGAGGAAGGUUCGAUCGGAAGCUGGUGAGAGCAGCAGUAGCCUCGGGAGAUUCUUCCGUAGCUCCGGCGAUUACGGAAGAGGCAAAAGUGAAACUAGGUGGCUCGGAUCUGAAGGUGACGAAGCUUGGCAUCGGAGUGUGGUCAUGGGGUGAUAACAGUUACUGGAAUGAUUUCCAGUGGGAUGACAGGAAACUGAAGGCUGCCAAAGGUGCUUUCGAUGGCAGUCUUGACAACGGUAUAGAUUUUUUCGAUACUGCUGAAGUUUACGGUUCCAAGUUUUCCUUGGGUGCUAUUAGCUCUGAAACUCUUCUAGGAAGGUUCAUCAAGGAGAGGAAAGAGAGGUAUCCCGGAGCUGAGGUUUCAGUUGCAACCAAGUAUGCUGCUUUGCCUUGGCGUUUGGGUCGUGAGAGUGUUAUCUCUGCCCUUAAAGAUUCCCUUUCCCGGCUUGAGCUUUCUUCUGUGGAUCUCUAUCAACUCCAUUGGCCAGGAUUAUGGGGAAAUGAAGGAUAUCUGGAUGGUCUUGGGGAUGCUGUUGAGCAAGGACUUGUGAAGGCUGUUGGUGUUUCUAACUACAGUGAGAAGCGGCUACGUGAUGCUUAUGAGAGACUGAAAAAGAGAGGAAUCCCUCUGGCCUCAAAUCAAGUUAACUACAGUUUGAUAUACAGAGCUCCAGAGCAGACUGGUGUGAAGGCUGCCUGUGAUGAGCUUGGAGUCACUUUGAUUGCAUAUUCCCCCAUUGCUCAAGGUGCUCUAACUGGUAAAUACACCCCAGAGAACCCACCUUCAGGUCCUCGGGGUCGCAUUUAUACUCGUGAAUUUUUAACAAAGCUUCAACCCCUGCUUAAUAGAAUCAAACAAAUAGGCGAAAUCUACACCAAAACUCCCACACAGGUAGCAUUGAACUGGUUGGUGGCACAAGGGAACGUGAUACCGAUCCCAGGAGCCAAGAAUGCGGAACAAGCCAAAGAGUUUGCGGGAGCUAUAGGUUGGAGUCUGACAGACGAUGAAGUGGCUGAGCUACGGUCUCUGGCCUCUGAGAUUAACCCCGUCGUUGGUUUCCCUGUUGAGUAUCUCUGAACUCUUGUUUGUACCAUUUGUAAAGCUAAAAAGUCAUACAAUACAAACUAAAAGUGGCAUAUAGAUGACGGUAAGUGUUGUCAAAGAUGUAUACAAAUAAAUUAUCGUUA